CAUCUUUACAUUCUUCACCACACUAAUUAAUAACAUAAAUCUCAAAUCCAUUUUCUCAAAUUAAAGCUAUUUAAAAAAAAAUGGCUUCAAGAGCAGCAACAUCAACUAUCCUUUUAGUCAUGUUCAACCUCGUAUUCUUCACGAUGGUAAGUUCGACGUACGUCCCUUGCCCUCCGCCACCGAGCCACGAGCACAAGCAUCAUCAUUACCACCCUAAGGCCACGUGCCCGAAAGACACUCUCAAGUUGGGAGUGUGUGCAAACUUGCUCAAUGAUUUGGUCCAUUUGGUUGUUGGAUCGCCCCCGAAAACCCCGUGCUGCUCACUCAUUGGUGGAUUGGCCGAUCUCGAGGCCGCUGUCUGCCUCUGCACCGCUGUCAAAGCCAAUGUCCUGGGCAUUAACCUCAACGUCCCUGUUUCUCUAAGUUUGCUUUUGAACUAUUGCGGCAAGAAGGUUCCCUCCGGUUUCCAGUGCGCGUAACCAAUUACGCCGCGUCGUCAUACCACUAUUUAUAUCGAGCUAGGGUUCGAUAUAUUGAGUGUUUAGUUUCUCUCAUGUCUUUCUCUUAUGUACCUUUGUGUUAUUUGCUGAAGUUGGUGUUGGGUUUGCUGUGUGGAUAAUGCUUUUGUGAAUGUUUUCUUGAACUUUUUCUGUUUUUUAAUAAUUUUUUUCAAAUAGAAGGUUUCUCGCCUUCUGUGGACGUUGUAUUGUUGUUACUUUGGAAUUAAUGAAAUGAAUAAUACAAAACUUUGA